CACAAAGACAGAACACACAGAACACAGAAGGCAAAGCCUGAUGUGACAAAUUCAGAAUGUCUCGGCCUUUAUAAUUGAUUAGUUAUCAGGAUAAAGGUCAGGACUUUUCCUUCCUCCUAUGUUGAUUGUUGAUAAUUCCAGUAAGAAGCAACACAGUGUUUCGAGCUAUAGAGGUGUCUUUCAAGUCACAUGAAAACCUGAACAAAUUGUUUGGCUCUCACCAGAACAAACCGCCCACACAAUGAACUGCUAGUGUGUUGUGAGUGGGGAUAUAUUGCGCAGCAGGCAGCUCCUUCAGACAAUCUUCAGCCACUCUUCAGCCACGGUGGUUCACAGACGCUUCAUCAACAUGUAUGCAACUUUCUUGAUCGGCGAAAUCACCGGCAUAGCCACCAUCUCCGCCAUGCUCCUCUUCGGCCUCGCCAAGCUGUUUUCCCGCCACCGAAGCAGCGGCCAUGUGCAGGACGGCGUCGGCUACGCUGUGCUGAUAACCGGCUGCGACAGCGGCUUCGGACACCAGCUGGCUCAAUGUUUGGACCACAAAGGGUUUGUGGUCUUCGCUGGGUGUUUGUCUCCGGAAGGAGCCGGAGCCCAACUUCUGGCCAGACAGAGCUCCAGUAAUCUGAAAAUCCUCAAGCUGGACGUCACCAGUGAUGAAGAGGUGCAGCAGGCGAAGAAGAUGGUCCAGGAGAACCUGCCGGAGAAAGGGUUGUGGGCCGUUGUGAACAACGCUGGCAUCACGGACUGGGCCGAGAUCGAGUGGAGCUCUAUCGGAGAUUUCCACAACAUGGUGGACAUCAACCUGUUUGGCUCCAUCAGAACCUCUUUUGCAUUUCUACCUUUGAUUCGUGCCGCCAAAGGUCGGAUGGUUUACAUGUCGAGCAUCUUUGCCUUCUUCAACUGCCUGAACAUGGGAGCUUACAGCGUGUCAAAGAGAGGACUGGAGGCCUUUGCAGACUGCCUCCGGGUUGAAAUGGCCAGUUUUGGUGUGAAGGUCAGCAUCAUCCAGCCGGGCAAUUUCGGCCAAGCCACCAGCAUCGUGAAGAUGAAAACGAGUUUGGACAUUUGGGAGAAAUUAGACGACGAACGUAAGCAAAUCUUCAACCGACAGUACAUCGAUCUGGCCAACGAGUACUUCACGACAAUGUGCAGAAGCGGGUUCAAGAACGGCGACAUGGUCAUCGACGCGAUGCUGCACUCCAUCACGUCCGCUCAGCCUAAAUACAGAUACCUGCUGGCCUCAGCGGCGGAUACCUUUUUCUUCCGGCUCUUCCCGUUUCUCCCCACCGUCGUCACCGACGCUGUGUUCUCAUUCAGCUCCAUGUAUGCUAAGAGAAAAGAAAUGCUUUACGCUGAAUAGGGAGUGGAGGAAUCUGCACGUCUCUGUUAGUGUUUUCUGUCCUUUUGUUGCACAUUUGUAAAUAUGAUAAUCAUAAGUGUUAAUAUUGCAUGAAUAUUGUUCUUUCUACACUGUCUCUCUGUUGUAAUAAAAUUUUACUUUUGUCAUGA